AUGAGCUCCUCCCUCUCGAUCCGUAGUCUCAGGUCCGCAGAUACCUCAGAACCCCUUCACCAACUCAAACUGCUAUCGGCGCUUCGGAGUGGCGAUCCUGCUCUCAUACAUCCAUUUCUUGCUGAAAUUGGCAAGGAAAGACGAAAGUCUGUUGAUGGAGACAUUAACACUGGAGCUGCUGCCCUUCACCUUGCUAUUCGCUGCGCUUCUGUUGAUACUGUACAGCUACUCCUAUCUCACAGAGCCAUAUCACCCAAUGGUGUGCACCCACCAGGCUCUGGGAUCACCCCUCUGCAUCUUGCAGCAUCCCUUGGUCGUGCAGACAUUGUAGGCGUGUUGCUCGACCAGGCUGGUAUUGACGACACCCUCCGUGAUAACAACGGAAAAACAUGCAAGGAUGUGGCAAAGGUAAAAGAAGUCAUCCAAAUAUUGCAAGAUUCGCGUUCCUUUUUGAACGCCUCAUACAGGUCCCUUCUACGCUCGUAUAUCUUGUCCCCUAUGGAUGCAUCCCCGACUGCUGCAUUGGUGGCUCUACUGGAAUCACCUCGGGCACGUGGAGUUGAUUUGUCGUACUUGGACGAUGCAUCUGGCACUUCUCUGUUACAUGAGGCAGCCAGGCGUAAAAACCUGCGCCUCGUUGAACUAGCUGUCCGAGCGGGGGCGAGCGUUUUCGUGCGAAACCGCAGGGGGAAAAUGGCGUACGAGGGCACAGGAAAAGACGAUCACGUACGGGUAUUUUUGCGACAAUUCGCAAAUCACGAUACCUCUCUUAUUGAGGUCCCGUCUUCGGAACCUCCUGUCAUGAAGGGCUAUCUCAAUAAAUACACUAAUGUUGCUAAGGGCUAUAAUACUAGAUGGUUUGUUCUGAAAGAUGGUGUAUUCACAUAUUACCGGCAUCAAGAAGACGAAGAUAUAGCUAGCCGCGGUGCCAUCGCCAUGAAAACUGCAAUCCUCAAAAUCUCGCCUGGCGGCGACAAGACGCGGUUUGAGAUCCAUUCGACCCCAUCUCGAGGACAUGCCACUGGGCAAAAAUGGUACAUGCGUGCUAACCAUCACGUCGAGGCUGCUGGGUGGACGCAGGCGCUUGGGAAGAGCAUACAAUUGGCGCGGCGCGAUGAGCAAAUGCUGCGAAAGAGCGGGGAGAGCGAGCUGAACGCUUUGAAGCCCAAGAGUGUGCGCUCGAGCUUCCAGUCGGCGAUGUCGGUGCGGCGAAUGGAUGUGGGUACCCGCGGCGGGGGGUCACAAAGCUCCAUUAUAGGUAUAGCGGAUGAGAGCAUGGAGGAUGGGCCACCUCCUGAGACGAGCAAGGCAGCUAAAAGUCGUUCUACCUCGGACAAUGAAGACCACAAUGAUAAUUCUUCGGCCUCAGUCCUCACACAGUCGCCUCCUCACAAUGCGACUUUCGACCUGCAAGGAAACUCGGCCGCAGCACAGAUGGAACUCACAACCCAGCUUCUGUCUAACCUUGCACUGCCACCAGAUGCACCGUCCAGGACGCAAGAACUCCGUACGGCGCUCAAGGAAUCGUUCGCGAUCGUACAAACGAUGAUAGACGAGUAUGUUCAGAUGGCCAAGGACCGUGAGGAGUGGUGGAAAUCUCAAUUACAGCGUGAGCGUGAGAGACAGAGUGUGUGGGAAGAGAGCUUACAAACUGUCGUGCGAGAAGGCGAGGUACUGGAACGAGAGCUGCGAAUACGGUCUCGGAAACGAGGUAGCAGAUUCUUCGAUGUCGGUGUAAACGAUGUAGGCGGCACACUCCGACAGCGCCCUACAACCAUGGCGCUUGUAUCGCCUGUGCUUGAAGAACCCUAUUUCUCGCCCUUGGUGCGCCCUGCACCAAUCACUAUUGUCUCCCCGCCUGAGGAAGUCAACGGCCUGUCCACGUCGACUGUGCCAUCGUCACCCGCAAGUGCGGGAGUCACGCCGACGGCACAGCGUAUGCCGCGGCACGAUCAGGAGGAUGAAGACGCCAUCGACACGGACGAGGAAGAUGAAUUCUUCGAUGCCAUCGAGGCCAAUGCGCUCCCCAAUCUCGUCAUCAGCCAACUGCUAUCGAGCCCGAUGCGCGCAGUACCUGCGUUGUCCUUCAUGAAUGGCGAACACUUCGCAGGUUAUCAAAAUUUGAGGACGCGGUUACCCAUCGGGUCGGAUAACAGGCCUAGCACGAGUCUGUGGUCUGUGCUGAAGCAUAGUAUUGGAAAGGAUUUGACGAGGAUUAGUUUCCCCGUCAUGUUUAAUGAGCCGACAAGUAUGUUGCAGCGGAUGGCAGAGGACAUGGAGUUCUCGGAGUGUCUCGAUGUCGCUGCUCGUGAGCAAGACCCGCACCGGCGGUUAGCAUUUGUGGCCGCAUUCGCAAUGUCAAAUUAUUCAUCGACCAUCGGCCGUAUAGCUAAACCAUUUAAUCCUAUGCUCAGCGAAACAUUCGAAUACGUCAGACUCGACAAGGAAUAUCGCUACAUAUCUGAGCAAGUCAGCCAUCAUCCCCCCAUUUCUGCUUGUUGGGCAGAAUCACCGUAUUGGCAUUAUUAUGGAGAGGUCGAUGCACAAAAUAAAUUUAUGGGAAAAUCAUUCGAGAUUCGUCCUACUGGCGUUGCGCAUGCUGAACUUCUUCUUCCUGAAGAAUGGGCGCCCGACUACCCUAAGUGUACUGCUGCUGGCAUCCAGGGCAAGGUCGUCGAGCACUUCUCGUGGAAGAAAGUUACUACCAACGUCUCCGGGUUCAUCUUAGGCUCUCCCACCAUCGAUCACUACGGUGAUAUGAUCGUCACGAAUCAUCGCACUGGCGACCAGUGUAUGCUGACAUUCAAGCCGAGAGGAUGGCGGGGUAAAGAUGCAUACGAAAUCUCUGGUAUCGUGCGAGACACAGACGGAGAAGUAACCCACGAGGUGGCUGGACGGUGGAACAGCCAGCUCAUAUGUCGCGCCGUAGGCACAGGCAGCGGAUUCCUACACCCUGACGCCACUGUAAGUGGACCCUCUUCGCCAAACUACACCGCAGAGUACAUUCUCCUCUGGCGUAACUCCGAAAAGCCUACCAUACCUUUCAACCUCACGCCAUUUGCCAUCACGCUGAAUGACUGCCCCGACGAAACGCUAAGGCCAUACUUGUGCCCGACAGACUGCCGGCUGCGACCUGAUCAACGGGCAUUUGAGAUGGGGAAGUAUGAGUUUGCGAAUGGGUUGAAGAUGCAGCAAGAGGAACGACAGCGAACGACGCGGCGUGCAAGGGAGGAGGGGCGCGCGCCGCCGCAUCGGCCCAGGUGGUUUAGGGCGGAGACGGAUGGGGAUACUGGGGAGAGGGUGUGGGCGCCGUCGAGGGCUGGAGAUAGGUUGGAGUAUUGGGUGGAGAGAGAGAAGGUGUGGGAGAAGGGGGGUAAACAGCCUUGGAAGGAUGUGGAGCCUAUCUUUAUAGAGGACGCUGUUUAG